GGAAUAUUUCAAAAAUAAAUAAAUAAUAAACUUCUCCAUUAUUAUAUUCUCUUGGUCAUCUGCCACUGCAAAAAAAGUGAACCACCACCAUGUUCCAUUACACAACAAAAUACAUUAAAUUUUCACAACCCCCAAUCCAACUUUCCCAUUAUUCUUUUACUUUCUUCAUCUCAUCUCUUCACACACUUUCAACCUUUAUACUUCAAAUGGAAUCAAAAUCAAUCAUCAAACCCUAAAAUCACAAACCACCCAAUUUUUCAUUAUGGCAUCAUUCACCACAACCCUUUACUUCAAAUCCUUAAUUUUCAUCAUUUUGUUCAUAAAAGUCCUAUCUUUUGACCCAAUUCCUUUGUUUUCUUUUGCUGAUUUUGAUAAAGAUCUGAAAUUUAAGUCCAAUGUUGCAAUUUUUGGUAAUGCUAAAGUUGUCAAUGGUGAGUCCAAGAUUCAAUUUUUUGGUUCAAGGAGUUCAAGUGCUGAAACUGGGAGAGUGAUUUACAAGAAACCCAUCAAGCUUUUUCAAGGUAAACCUAAGCAAUUAGUUUCAUUUUCAACUUACUUUACAUUUUCAAUCUCAUUGGAAAAUGGUGCUGGUUUAGCUUUUGUUAUGAUUCCAAAUGGUGUUAAAGGUGUUAAAGAUGAGAUUUUUAAUCAAAGUUCAUCUGGGUUUUCUCUUGGAUUGAAAAAUAAUGAUUUUGAAGUUAUUAGUGUUGAAUUUGGUGCUUAUAAGGAUGGUAAAAAUGAGAUUUUGAUUAGAAAUGGUGUUUCAAGUAAAGCAUAUUUUACCAAUUUGGCACUAAAAAGUGGUGAAAAGUUGCAUACUUGGAUUGAUUAUGAAGCAAAUUCAAGAAGGUUAGAAGUAAGAUUGAGUAAACAUGGAAAUUCAAAGCCAUUUGAUCCAUUGUUAUGGCACAAAAUCGAUAUAUCGAAUGUGUUAAAGAAGGAAGAGAUGUUUGUAGGUUUUAGUCCUAUGAAGGGGAAAAAUGCUUAUUUGUAUUCAUGGAGCUUUGUUUUGAGACAUUUUCCACCACAUUCUAUGCAUUCAGAGCCACUUGAUCCUAAGGUUUUUGCUAAAAACAGUGAAACUUCAAUGGUUAUUAGACCAAAUGGUAAGAAAAAGAAUGAUUGUGUUUUAAGAGUUCUGGCUGCAAUGAUAUUUGGGACUGGUUGUGGAGCAUUGGCAGCAUUCACUGUGCUUUAUCUGUGGACAAUCUUCGGCAAUAAACGUGCUGCAGUGGUUCCAGAAGGAUGUGUUAUGCAUCCUUUAGAUGUUGAUUAUAGGAAAGUUAAAAUUGUUGUAGAUAAUAAAACCAUUGGAGAUGGUAAUAAGUAGUAGAUCUUUUUGAGAAAACUAUUAUCUGGUUUGAAACUUGGUGUUUGUAAAUUUAGUGUUUGUUGUUGUAUUUAGUAGGUUUUGAUCUGUUGUAUGAUUAUGAUGAUUCCUAAUCUAUAUGUUUUGUAUUACAUUUUCUAUUGUUGGUCAAAUUGAGAUUGAAAUUCAGCAAUGAAUUAAAGAUUGCUUACCUUGUA